UAAGAAUACAACAUGGAAUGACAAAUAUGUGUAACCGCAUGUGUAGGAUGGUAUAACAUGGCUACUGAAUCCCCAAGACCAGGCUUUGGCAUUUGUUAUGGCUGACAAUGGUUUUGAUGUUUGGGUUGCAAGUACACGCGGAACUAAAUACAGUCGAGGCCAUACAUAUCUUAGUACUGAUAACCCUGCUUAUUGGGAUUGGUCGUGGGAUGAACUUGUUGCUUACGAUCUUCCAGCCACGGUUCAGUAUGUAAUGCGUCAAGCUGGGCAGAAGUUGUAUUAUGUUGGACAUUCACUGGGAACUUUGAUUGCCUUGGCUUCUUUCUCAAAAGGAAAUCUCAUCAACAUGGUUAGAUCAGCUGCCUUGCUUAGCCCGAUUGCUUAUUUGAGUCAGAUGUCUUCACCACUUGCAAUAAAUGCAGCUGAGAAUUUCAUUGCUGAGACCUUGUACCGUGUGGGUGUUCAUGAAUUUGAUCCAAGAGGGAAUGACGUGAUCGAACUCCUCAAAUCGCUCUGCCUGAACCCUGGCCUGGAUUGCUUUGAUUUGUUAACCACUUUCACAGGCCAGAAUUGCUGCCUGAACUCUUCAACAGUUCAACUUUUUCUCGAGCACGAGCCUCAGCCAACCUCUACGAAGAAUAUAAUCCAUCUGUCGCAAAUGAUAAGAGGAGGAGGAUACAUUGCAAUGUUCAACUACUCGAGUGAGGCUGAUAACAUGAAGCAUUAUGGGCAGAUGAAACCGCCAUUGUAUGAGAUGGUGGGAAUAGCUGGAAAACUUCCACUUUUGAUAAGUUAUGGAGGAAAAGAUGCACUCUCAGAUAGCAGAGACGUGGGGAUGUUGAUUCAAAUGCUGCAAAAAGGCGGUCACAAGAUGGUGAAUUGA